CUGCUCACCCCGCUCGUCCCUCCUCCCUGCCGGUGCUGGCGGCGGCUCCUCCUCCCGCGUGUGACCCGGUGCCGCAUGUGAACGGGGAGGAGGAGGGAGCGCGCGGUGCGGGUCCCAGUGUGGCGGCGGCAGGAGGAGGAGCGGGAGCCGGCGUGCGGUGUCUCCCCGCAGCCUCAUCGCUGGGCCCCGCCGGCGCUCCCCAUGCCCGUGUGGUGCUGCCGCUGCUCCCUGGCCGGUCACUUCAGGACUAGAGCCGUAGGUGAUUGUGCCAAGUCCCCACCACUGCAAAGCUGUCUACAGUGAGUUUUAUCAAGAACUUACAGCGGCACUGAAACCGAAGGACAGCUUUUGAAUUCCUUUGUUCAGUACUUUGGUGACAGCCUUGGGAGGAAGAUUAAAAGAAUGCCUUUAAUUGAAGAAACAGUUCUGCCUGGGGACUCCCUUCUUACCCUGCCUGUAGUAAUAAUAGGAAAUGGACCUUCAGGAAUUUGCCUUUCUUACCUGCUCUCUGGAUACAGGCCAUAUUUGUCUCCUGAAGCUAUACACCCAAACCCCAUUCUACAUACAAAAUUAGAAGAAGCUCGACAUCUUUCCAUUGUUGACCAAGACCUGGAGUACCUGUCAGAAGGCCUGGAAGGACGCUCCUCAAACCCAGUUGCAGUGCUUUUUGAUACCUUGCUUCACCCAGAUGCUGACUUUGGCUAUGACUACCCGCCUGUUCUGCACUGGAAGUUAGAGCAGCAUAAUUAUAUUCCCCACAUAGUGCUUGGAAAAGGACCACCUGGCGGGGCUUGGCACUCCAUGGAGGGCUCCAUGCUAACCAUCAGUUUUGGAGACUGGAUGGAAUUGCCUGGCCUCAGCUUCAAGGAGUGGGCAGCUAGCAAACGCAGAAAUAUAAAGAGCGAUCGAGUAAUGCCAGAGGAAAUAGCUUGUUAUUAUAAACACUAUGUUAAAGUCAUGGGCCUCCAAAAGAAUUUCAGAGACAAUGUUUACAUAACAUCAGUGUCCAGGCUUUACCGAGAAAAGGAUGAUGAAGGUAGAAGUCACCAAAACGAAGAUAUUUCAACACAGCAUUUGGAAGUGGAAGAUGGACAGAAAUCACUUAUUAAGAGAAACUGGGAAGUCAGAGGUUAUCAGCGAGCAACAGAUGGCUCUCAUGUGCCCUUCUGCCUCUUUGCUGAGAAUGUGGCUCUUGCAACUGGAACCUUUGAUUCUCCUGGCCGACUGCAGGUUGAAGGAGAAGACUUUCCUUUUGUCCUCCAUUCCAUGUCUGACUUUGGAGCCGCAAUCAGCAAAGGAAAGUUACGUGGGAAGGCAGACCCUGUGUUGAUUGUGGGUGCUGGACUGACAGCAGCUGAUGCAGUACUGUGUGCCUAUAACAACAACAUCCCGGUAGUCCAUGUGUUUCGUAGAAGAGUUACCGACACAAGCCUAAUAUUCAAACAGUUACCUAAAAAGCUUUACCCUGAGUACCAUAAGGUCUAUCACAUGAUGUGUACUCAGUCUCAUACCGUGGACUCUAACCAACAUUCUGCUUACACUAGUUUCCCUGAACACAAUGUGCUUUCCUUCAAGCCUGAGAUGAAAUGUGUUCUUCAGAGUCCCUCCGGACUGAAGAAAAUUUUGAAGUUUUCUGUAGCAUUAGUUCUGAUAGGUUCUCACCCAAAUCUUUUCUUUUUAAAGGACCAAGGACAUAGCAUAGGUCAUCACUCCAAUCAGCCCAUCACAUGCAAGGGGAAUCCUAUAGAGAUUGAUCCAUACACUUAUGAAUGCACUAAAGAAGCCAACCUCUUUGCUUUAGGGCCUCUGGUGGGAGACAACUUCGUACGGUUUUUAAAAGGAGGUGCACUGGGCAUUGCACGAUGCUUGGCAAUAAGACAAAAGAAGAAACAUGAAUUGAUUGAAAGUGGGGAUGGAGGAGGUGAGGGGGUACCAUAAAUGAGACAUUAGACACUCUUACAUCCAGGAUUACAGAUGUAGUCUUAACAGAAAACUCACUGGCAGCAAAAGUUGAUAGCAGUCACAUUUCUGUUGUGUACAAGUAACCUGCGCUUGUAUUGCUUGGUAAAGGAUACUGCACUCUUUAAAAAUACAAAAAAUUGAUCUGCUAUUCCAACUGAUUUCAACUGGAAUUGCUUCCAGAUAAACAGAAAAUGAGACUAAUUUAUCUUGGCCUGCCUGUCUGUCAUCUCUUGCUCAACUAUAAGAGCAGACUUCGUCUGUGAAAGGCAAUGCCUACAAGAGUGGUUUUACGUUUUAGUGUCAAAUGUGACAAGAAUACUCUUACCAUGAGAUGGAAAUAACUUCUAAAAGCAGAAAGCUUGUUUAGUACAAAGUGAUUCUUUGUCCCAAAGCAAAUUUGGAGCCUUCUGCUUGAAACAAGUAUUUUAUUUAUAUACCACAGUAAUACUUGGAAUGAGCACUUAGUAAAAUGGUUUCAACUAUAAGAAGGACUUCUGUAAGCAAGUAUUCCUCAAUAGUUCUAAAUUAUCCUGGUAAUUGGAAUAAAAGAAUAAGCAUUCCCAUUUAAUCUUUAACGUUUUGACACAAUCCAUUAAUGUUUCUUCACACUAUGCCUAGACAUGGGUGAGUGCACAAAGACUAACAUGAGAUGUUCCCCUACAGUGAUAUAUGUACAUUUCUGAGACUACGCAUUAACAUAAACAAUAAAGUACUGAUGUAAGUGCUCUUACUACAGUGUCAGUAUCAUGAGUAUCUGGUGUACUACUGAAAAAUUAGGUACAUGAGAAAAUUAAGGGGGUUUUGCUUCCAAGCUCAGGAAGACUGAAUGGGAUCACUUGGCUGAUGAAGGUGGGGUGGGUGAUAGAUAUUCUCAUCUCCCAUUUGACCAAAAAUUGGUUCUCUUUUUUUUUUUUUCCUAGAGCAGCACAUGACAGUAAAAUAUUUUAGCCUGCAGUUUUUGAAACUUAAGAAAGGCCUAUAUCUUACAGACAGCUAAAAAACAAACCAAUCACAAACAAACAUGCAAUAGUUCCUCUAUCUCUUAAAGCUUCUUAUGAAAGACAAAGACUUAACUUGUAUCUACCUCUGAAUCCAAGUUUCAUCUUUCCACUCCAUAAUGUAAGACCUAGAUAUCAUUUGCUGGGUUUUACAUUAGUUAAUUCAACUAAACACACUGGUAGGUUAUUUACAGUCAUGAGGUUAAGUUAGGAAAGUGAACUCCCAGAACUCUCAAUAGACAAAAAUAAUUGGUUUUAACUGUUUUUUUACCAAAUGUUUUAAUUCAUUGCAAAAGGUGUUAUUUUUCUGUUUGGGGUUUUUAGUGUUAAAGAAUGCUGUGUUAAUUUCAAGUAUUCUAUUUGUGUGAUUAAAAAUCUCCAUAUUGAACUUCAGCAGAUUUUAGAAAGGAAGUUAGGCUUUGUGAAACUGCUAGUGGUUGCUAGUUUCCCAGCUGUCUUAAACUUUCAUAAAUAGUAGACAGCUAUAUUCAAUAAAUGCCUGUUUUCUGUGCCUACUAAAUUACAGGGUUCUGUGGCUACUGCAGGUCUAUAUGCAUCUGAGUAAGUUACUCAGAAUUUGGACGCAGAAGUUGAAAAGGUAAAGGAUGCAAGGUUAAAAUUCAUAUUUUCAGUGGAAGUCCAAAAUAAUUUAUGAAAUUAUGCUACUACUACUAAUAAGUUUUAGUGUAGACCCACUUAACCCACUUGUGUUUAGCCUAAACACAAACAAAGGAAGAUUUCUAUCAAUUUCUGCAUUGCCCUCAUGGUUGGCUUUAGCUGUACAUUGUCAGUACUAGUUAAGGUACUUUCUUAUACUGAUAUUGAGCUGAUUUUAAUUCCACUAAAAUCUAGGCUUGUUUUCUUCAUAUUGUAAUUGAGAUUCUACAAUUUGCCUUCUCUGGAAGAAACUCUGUAUAUAGGAACCAAUUCUAAACCUGUGAUGCCUAAUAAUUUUAACUGUUACAUGUCCGAAAUACUUGAUUAUAGAAUUUUAUUGCAGUUUAGUUACUGGGAAUACAUCUGCACUGUGAUUAAAUUCCUGCAGCUUUAUAUCAAUAUAAAUGUCCAAAUACAACACGUGGCAUGUUACUGCUUUUUCAUUUGUCACAGGAGACCUUUAAAAUGGCAGCAAAAAAAAAAUAUUUACUUAGCAGUUAUUUUGCAAGAUGGGGAAAAAACCUGGAUGUAUGUAGGCCUUUUUUUAGCCUCAGCUGCUACAGCUACUUGCAAGCUCUGUGUGUUGUAGUGACAACUUUGUAGCAGAGAUCUUCGACCUAUCCUUACUCAAGUAUCUCACUGCAAUCUUACAGCACCUUGAGGUUUAACUGCUAAUUUUUUUGCAUCAAUCUUGCCAGUAUUUUUGAGGUAAAAAGUUGCAUGUGAGACCCCCUAGAUGGGCAGAGAAAUCUCAGCGACCAUGCUUAUUAAGCCAGUGUAAAAAUUCUUUUUUCAACCAAAGCUUUGCUAAAAGAUCAUCUUGGGUCUUUUAGGAAUUGCUAGAUUUCAAGUUGUAGCUAGACUUUUUUAUUGUCGCCUUUCUGAUUUUGAGAGAAAUUUCUGUUUCUCUCCUGUUUAGUAUUUUGAGGAACUAGAUGAUAGAAGAGUUCAGGCUUUGCCUUAAGAUAGUUUUACCUACUGCAUUUAUUGUGAAUUAGAUGUUGGCACUGAAUAGUUGUCUUUUGGGGAAACAACUUGUUUCUCAGAUGAAAAAAAACCAACAAGCAUUUGAAUUUCCUGUGUAAUAUAAUAAUUUACAGAAGGGAGACUGUUUCUUUCAGCUCUUCUUUCGUUGAGAAGAAUAAACUUUUAAACAUUGUGUAUUUUAAAAGGGUACUUAGUACUUAAGAUUUAUCAAGAAAAUGCAGACAGGAAGAACGUAAUUUUUAGCUGAAGUAAGUUAAUUUGGAUUACAGAUUUUUUAAAACUGUGUUAACCCAUACUGUGUAUUUUCUAAUAGACUAGCUGAAAAACAGCUUUUACACUUGGAUUUGGUUCUUAAUGCUGUGAGAAUUAAUGUGUCUUCUAGUUAAAUUAUUGCUAAGAGUAUUUCAAGUAGUGUCCAGAUGCUGAACUGGGAGUCAGAUUUCUCCUACUAGAUGUUUCUAACAAUCUGGCUCUUUCCAGAACCUCUGGAAAGUUUGAAUUGUACUUAAAACUUUCCACAAAGGAGUAAGCCUAAGUUUCACCCAAGUGAGUAAACACAGGAAUCCUUUCUGCAAGUAAUCCAGAGAGAGUGGUGACAACAACACUGAAUUCUUCUCUCUCUCAGGAAAGUGCUUUGUCUUGGAGUAGAAGCCUGAGCUUGCCAGUGACUGCAUGAAAAGAGUGGCUCCCAGGAACAGUGGUUAUGCACUGAGAAAGGGACACCAAAGUAUCCCACAGUUCCAGGUCCCUCGUCCUCAGCACUUAGGGAAUUCUUGUAUUUUACUUCUGGCCUGGUGGAUGUAGGCAACUUCUUUUUAAUAGUUUCAUAGAGUGAUGUUUGCAUAAUGAAAAAUACUAAUUUUGUAGAAGGAGAUGGCUAUAGCUUCUUUCUCUCACAGCUCAAGAACUGAAAAGAAGGCUAGAGCCAGAAGUCCAGAGUGUUUACUCAAAGCUGGAGGAAAUCAAACUAAAACCUCAACUUCUAGACAGGCCUGCGUACCCAAUUGAAAGGAAAGACCAUUUUUAGGCCAAAUGCUCUUAAAAGAGAAUGAAAGGGAGUAAAAUUUGCAAACAAAAAAAUUUGCAGUAGUGAGUCUUCACUGCUGACUGAUGAGCAGUGAGGGGUGAUGGGAGGAAAGCUGUGAAGAACACGUGCAGUGUGAAGUGCAGACGUACAGGUGCUGAAGUGUCAGUAGGCUGGGGGUGUCCCAUCCUCCUGGGGGAGAUGUGGGCUGUGACAAGAGCUCUGCCGGGGAUUUGUAACUGGCCAUUAACUCAAGUGCACACAAUGCAACGUGUGUGCAAUUGUCUUUGCUGACAAAGCUGUAGGACUGGAUCAGCAACAUGGGGUGCCAAGAGAUAAGGCUUUGUUACUCUGCUACCAUAUUUUAUACUUCUGAAAAGCAAGCAGGUAUCUUCUUGUAAUAGCAGGAUCUUGACAGUGCUCCCAGACAUUUCUAAACAGGAAGAGGUAGCACACAUAUGCUUUAAAGGAAGCUGAUUUUAUUACUGUCCAUAUAGUAAUGUGUUAAUUUUGAGUGAGUUAGGGAGCCAAAAAUGCCAAAAGGUUUAUACUCUUACGUCUUAAUUUAGACAAUGCAUUAGAAUCUUACAAUAACAAUGUUCUGUCAUAUUAUGGGUUCUUCUUUUAGAGUGAGAGGAAGACUGGAACAUUCAAUAGAUGUGAGAGCUUGUUGUAUAAAUAUUUUCCCCAUUUUCCCUUGCCCAACCGGAAAGAAAAGUUUUUGAAAUAACUAUAACAGUUGAUUUCCUUAGCAAAAAGAAUUAAAAUGGAAGCAUCUUUGACAGAAAAAGAAAGGUUUUGGUGACAUUUAGGGGUACAAACCUGAAGUAAGGAAUUAUAAACAGCUCUUUUUCUGAAACAGUGUACUGUUGGGAAUAUGGUACACUAGGAGUUUAAGUUUGAAUUUAUUUUUGAAGCUUGAAUUACGUGGUCAAGGAUGAAUUUGGUGUAAGGAACAAGGAUUAUAGGCAGGGGGAAAAGCAUUUCUAGUGUUAUUUAAUAGCUACAGUGAAUCUAAGUGCUGUUCUAAAGAUGGUUUUGUCUAUAGACACUAGAACAUUUUAGCUCAAGCAUACCUUGACCUUGAGUUCAUAUUAUACCUGUCUGCAUGUCAGGUCAUUUUCUAACUGAUAAUUUCUACUUUCAGGGCUUUAUAAACCAACUCUUAAAAACUAUAUGUAACCAGCAGUUAUCAAAACCAGGAAACAACUUGUUCUGAAGGCUAAGUAACUCUUAAUUUGCAUCUUCCUCCUCCAUCUCUUUAUUAUGAGCAAUGUGUAAGUACCAGCCUACAGUGAAUGCUUCAAUAAACUAAAAUUGGGCUUUAUGUCCCUAGACACCCUCUGGAGACUUCCAUGACAGCAUAAAGAAAAUUAACAACUAGGUUUGCUAUGUAUUCACAAAACAUUAUAGAAUCCUGGCAUUUCUAGGUUGUUCUUUAACUAGAUAUAUGAGUAUUUUUCAUCAGUUUGGAUGCUAGGACCAGCUGCCAUGUGAACAGUGAGCUAUUGUUCAAGAACUGAUCCUGUUACCUUACAUCUCCUUGGCACAAUUUACUGAGUCAAUACUCUGACCUUGCCCAUUUCUGUUAGACCUGCUAUGCUGGAAUUCCAGUUUGAAAUUAUAUAAAGGACUAUAUUAAUCUACCUAUGUUUGCUCACAUACAAUGCACCUGGACUUGGACAUACUGUGUAAAUAUCAUUUCUUCGUGUGUGGCAGUGCCUGUUUUCAUCUUUCGCUGGAGUAUGCUUGCAUCAUACUUUUUAAAGAUGAGCAGUGUAAACACAUAAUGUUUUCUGUAAGCAACUUGUGAGCAAAACCUCUCUUUUGCUCUCUUUUUUAAUAAUCAAGAUGAUAAAUACUCCUGUGGUUUGCAUGCUAGGCUUGUUUAAUCUUAAUGUGUGAAAACUGAUUACAGACGGAAGGCAAAAAAAUUAAAAUAAGUGUCACCUAGAAGUCAGUUAUUUUGAUUUUGAGAAGUAGGGAACUCAAGUCAAAUGAAAGAUCAAACUGCAGAGGAAAAGAGAGCUUCAGUGUUCAGAAUGUGGGAGAAGGUGUUUUGCAUGGAUCUGGUACUGAAACCGAUGACUGACAGAGGUUCCAGUAAUAAAAGCUGCAGCAGAGCAGUAUGGGCAGAGCGCUAAAGCAAGUGCUAGAGGGAGUUGCUAGUCAGGGAUAUCUGAUAUUGUGUAGCAUUUUUGUAACUAUCUCACUGGAAUGUGAUGAUGAUGGUGAUCAAAGAUUGCAAGAGGAAGAGGGAGGAAUACCGAUAAGGAAGAGGGUUCAUUUUUUUUUGUCACAUUUGGCUUGAAUUAUAAGGUGAUACCAAAACAACAUCAACACAAUUGGGAUUUGAAAAUCAAGCAAAAAUCAGUUUGGGAAUUUGUAACUCAAACCAGAUGUGGCCAAAUGUGACUGACCAUUGAUUCAAGAAAUGGAAAAAAGCAAGAGAAGGUGCAAGACUCCCUCCAGUUUUAUGGAAGAGGAAGAGACAGGACUGAGAAAUCAUUUGUAUAACAUGGACUGGAGCAAGAUGGGUGAGUGGGUUAGAGGUAGGUCUACAGUAGAAGCUUUAGCUACUCAGUUAGGAUUCAGUCUCAGGAUUUAAUAUGGAAUAGAGCCUGUCACACAUCAGGAAUGAAGGCAAGGAAGGGACUUGGCAUUUCAGAGGGAGGUGAUGGGGAGGUGGCUGGAUGGAGGAACUCAAGCUGACUGCAAACACACUUUCCACAUAUAGGCAAUGAUGCAAUGACAAAGGAGAGGCCAGCCCUGACGCACAACCGCCACCAUUCUGGGAGAAGAUGGGGGAGUUAAGGGUAGCAGAAAAAAAGACAGACUCAUAGAUGUGAAUGGACAGAAAUAGAAUCACACUUCAACAGUGCAAAUAUCUUGGUAGUCUUCUCCAAAAAAAAACCAAACCUGUGGCUUCUCCAGCUGAUGUGGGAAAGUGGGAAGUCAGCUGAAAUUGGUGUGAGUUAAACUGAAAAUUAAACAUGUUUUUAUGCUGGGAUACAGCAUUCAGUUUUAGUAGUAUCUAGAGUGAUUCAACCUGCUUUAAACUGUUUUCAUCAGCUAAGCUGCUGAAUGCAAAACUGUAUGUUAAGAGCCUUGCUAAUAAAAAGUUUAUUU